UCCUCCUCGGAGGCAAGAGAAACAACAGCUGAGACAAAGAAAGGGGUUACAGAGGGCUGGGGAGCUGGUGGACAACUCCAAGUGUUUAAAGAAGGAGCCAGGAAGACUUGUGAAGAUGGAAACUAUACAAGAGGCAGGAGAAAAGACAUUAGAUCUUGGAUGGCUUCCUGAAGAGACUGACCCUUCUGAAGAUCCUGACAAUCUUAAAAGAGACUCACAGGCAGAUAUCCCCAGCACUUUAGCCCUGUGUGGCCAGCACCCCAUGCGCAAGCGUCUUUCUGCCCCAGAGUUGCAACUGAAUCUGACUAAGAGGCCUGGAGAUCGUGGAGCUUCUCCCACCCACUCUGUGCCUUCUUCUCCUGAUGGCAGUUCUGACCUAGAGGUAGACGAAUUGGAAACACCUUCAGACUCGGAGCAACUGGACAGCGGACAUGAAUUUGAAUGGGAAGAUGAGCUGCCCCAGGCAGAGGGGCUGGGGGCCAGUGAGGCAGCUGACAGGCUGGGCUGGAGUUGUGUGCAGGAUGUGGCUGGAGAAGAUGGUCGUCACUGGAGGAUGUUCCGAACAGGACAGCGGGAGCAGCAAGUGGAUAUGACUGCCAUUGGACCCUAUAAAAAAAUCCUGUCUCAUGGAGGUUACCAUGGUGAUGGCCUCAAUGCUGUCAUUCUCUUUGCUUCCUGUUACCUGCCCAGAAGCAGCAUCCCCAACUAUACCUAUGUCAUGGAACGUUUGUUCAGAUAUAUGGUAGGAACUCUGGAACUGCUGGUAGCUGAAAAUUAUCUGCUUGUUCACUUGAGUGGAGGUUCAAGCAGGGCCCAAGUUCCACCUCUAAGCUGGAUAUGCCAGUGCUACCGUACUCUGGAUCGGAGGCUACAAAAAAACCUGAGUGCCCUGGUCAUUGUCCAUGCUACAUGGCAUGUGAAAGCGCUGCUGGCCCUGCUUCGGCCCUUCAUCAGUUCCAGGUUCACAAGAAAGAUCCGUUUUUUGAACAGCGUGGGAGAACUGACCCAACUAAUCUCCUUGGAGCAGGUCCACAUCCCUGAAGCUGUCAGACAGCUGGACCAGGAUCUCCAUGGCUCAGGAGGAACCUAGAAUAAGAUUGGAAUAAAGGACCUGGGAACCAUGCAAAGAUACUGACCUGCCCACACCCUACUCCCUGAAACAUCUGGUUUGUAAAUCAUCUGAUCCUCAACCCCAGGAUUACUAGAUCUUCGUAUCUCAUUCUUUCAAUGAACCUGCCUCAGAGGAGGGCUUUGAGAUCUGGAACCUCAUCUGCUGGGUAGCUUUCAUUUCAGCUAUAUAGUGCAGGUAGUGGCCUUUUGUACUGGGAAGUUCAAAGCUGUGAGUUGUAGUCCGGCUUAAGCUGUAGAACCAUGGGCAAAUAACUGCAUCUCCUAGAGUCUCAUUUUCCUCCUCUGUACAUGAAGGUGAUGACAUCCUUUCCACCUGGGCCCUAUCAGUCUGUGAAAGUGAGGGGUGGUGGGGCAGUGCAGGGCGUAAUUACCACAGCCAGCCUCCUGCUCUGAGCCAGGAGUCAGCUCCCUAAAUCUUGAGGAACCACCGAAUGUCUCUCUUUCCUUCUUCGUCAUGUCUGUUGCCUGUGAGCCUGUGAAGGAGUGCUUUGAAAACCUGUAUUUCUGUCCUCUUUAAUAAAUUCAGAUCUGUAGUGGUUAA